AUGGAAUAUCAACCUAAUGAUGAUGUUCCCCAAUGUACAUAUGAUGAUGAGGAUUAUGAUCAGCUCGAUACAAAGUUGUCUUUCGAUCAAUCUCAAUGUUUAGACAACAAGUCGAGAAAUGAUUACGAUAUACAAAUGCUGCUCUUGGAUCAAGUUCAAUUUGAGUGGUCAAAUACCAGCUCGAGAAAUGAUUUGAAUAUAUACUUACCGCCAUCAUUCCAAAGUCCAGGUGAUCUUUUUAAUAAUGAAGACGUCACUUCUUCUAGUCUUAACGGGCAAGCAACAGUAUCAAUUAUGCCUAAUAAUGUUGUUGUUGAAGAAUUAUGUCGUGGUCAAUCCUCGCAGGUUAUACACUAUUGUCCCGAACCAGUUAAUGCGAUGACUGUUACUACAACUACUUCUGACGAGGACGAAGAUAGCACGGAAACAGUUGCUGAUACAUCAUCUGAAUCCAGUCUGGAUGAUACAGAGCACCAUGCUGAAGAAGCAAGUUUAAAAAAAAUUAACGAAUUGAUUGCAAAACUAUUAAUGACUAUUAAAACUCAUCCACUAACUUCUAUUCGUCUUCGCUAUAAAUCUGAUGGUCGACGUCGAGCAAAUGAAUCUCUUGCAAAUCCUAUAGUUAUUGAUAUAUCCAAUUUAACACACGUUGAAUUAAGCUUUAAUCAAAAAUUUGUGAUUCGAUUGUUACUAGCUGCAUGGACCGAAAAUCCAUCAGACAAAGCAUAUCUUCAUUCAAAUAAAUUAGGAUAUCUUUCUAAUGAUGCACAAGGAUUCAGCGAUGGAACUAUUUAUAUUCCUAUAACUUCAGAUGAUAUUAAGAAAGGAAUCAAAGCAUUGUCAGAUUUAUCAAUAACUAAAAGACCGCUUAGAGAAUAUAAUCGUAAAUUGACGCCACUUAAGCUAUUGGAAAUUGCUAGUGACAUACGUGGUAACGGAACAGUCACGGGGGUACAUGAAGCUAAAGAGCUUGUUAAAAACUUUAACUUGCAAGCUAGCUGGCUUGUUUGUCAAUUAUUAAUCAAACAAAACGAAAAAACAUUCCAUUUUACAGAUAUUAUAUGUGCAACACAUAAAAUGGAAGAAACUCAGCAACCAAUAAAACGACCAAAAGAGCCAACUGAAGAUGACGAAGAAGAAGAAGAAAUCGAUGAACGUCCAAGUCGAUCAAAAUCAAAAUCAACAAAACGACAGAAAAUUUCUCAUUAA